AUGGCCAAUUGUGAUGAAAACCUUUCAAAAGAUCAAUUGGCUGUAGUCCUGUUAAACUUCAUUAGUGACAAGUAUAAGGACAUUAAAGUUGCCCUUGAAUAUGGAAGAGAUGAACUCACUCUUGAUGUUAUAACCAAUGUUUUGAGAAAUAAGGCUUUAGAAAUCAAGGCCGAGUCAAGUAACAGUCACACUGGAACUAGUUUUUUAAUUAAGGAAAAAUCUUUUGAAAAACCUACACAAAAUUUUAAGGUUUCAAAAGCAAAUAAGAGAUGGGUUGAUAGGAGUAAGACCAAGAAUAAUGCAAAAGGUGUUUUUGGAAAACAUAAUCUUGGUGAUUUUGGCUCCUGUGAACACUGCAUUUUGGGAAAGCAAGCUAAACUUCCUUUUCAAAGUGGAAUUCAUAAAUCCAAACAAGGACUUGAGUACUUGCAUGCUGAUUUGUGGGGUCUUGCUUCUGAAUAUGGCAUCAUGAGACACAAAACUGUUCUACACACACCACAACAAAAUGGAAUGGCUGAAAGAAUGAAUAGAACUGUGUUGAAUAAAGUCAGAUGUAUGCUAUUAAGUUCUGGACUGCCUAAAAUAUUUUGGGGUGAAGCAGUUAAAACUGCAGCUUAUCUGAUUAAUAGAAGUCCUACUAGUGCUCUAAACUUUGCUGUUCCUGAAUAUGUGUGGUCAAAUAGUCCUGUAAAUUACUCUUAUCAGAAAGUAUUUGGUUGUACUGCUCAUGCGCAUCAAAAUAUUGGUAAAUUAGAACCAAGAUCAUUAAAAUGUGUUUUCUUGGGUUAUGAUAAACGGGUUCAGUUUGAAAAAGGUUAUAGAGUAAUAAUUAGAAAUGAUGUAAUCUUCAAUGAAUCCUUGAUGCCAUGUCUUGAAGGAAAAGAAAAUGAUUUGACUGAAAAAGAUGUUCAAAUUGAGGUGAAGCCCUCCUACAAAGAAAAUGAAAAUGAAGAACAUGUUAUUUUACCUGAAACUGAAAUUGAAACUAAACAUGUCGAAGAGGAUGAUUCCGCAGCUCUCCCCUUUGAUGAGUAUCAACUCACAAGAGAUAGGGAGGGGAGACAAAUCAGACUCUCUACUAGAUUUGAUAGUGACGCCUUUUAUGUUACCAUCAAAUGUCUGCUUGCACUUGUUACACAAUUUAAAUGGGAACUUGAUCAACUAGAUGUUAAGACUGCUUUCAUGUAUAGGAAAUUAGAUGAAAUAAUAUACAUAAGACAACCGGUUGGUUUUGAGGAAGAUUUAAAAGAAGCCAAUAUGAUACUUGCUUGUACUGCAAAGGUAGUGGAGUUAAAAACUCAUUAUAUCUGA